UUCAGCACCGGACAGCUCAUUCCUCUCUCUCUCUCUCUCUCUCUCUCUCUUCAUCCCUCCCUCCCUCUUUCUCCUCAGCUUGAUCGACGAGGCCCGUUUGCCCGAUGGGACUCAUUCUGAAUCGGCUGCACUCACGCGGGCUCCUUAGAAAACAAGGAGAGAAGGCGAGCGGAGAGGAUACUCACAGAGAGACGACGCUGCAGCCGGAAUCCGAGGAGAAAACAAUCUGAUCCCACCCCUCACCUGACAACGCGACAACACCAGGCUCGUGAGAUACGGUAUUUCGACAUUAAACAUCAGUGUUUCAGCCCUUUCGUGUGAACAUUAAGGGCUCCAGAUCUUGGAGUUUCUUAGAUGAGUGUGGCCGCCCAUGGCUUGUGUCCAUGAGCAGUGUCCCUCCCCCUCCCUUUCAGGAUUCAGCACCCCAAUUUCUGACACUCCAUUUCGCCGGCCAGACUCUGAUGUGGCUGCAUGUACCCCGGAUACUGAACUGACCCCCACACAGUGUGUCCUGCGCAACGUAUUGUCCAUCGAUCCUGUCGGGGAUGGGAACCACACACGAGGCAACACCCCCACUCCUAGCGAUGACCCUGCACAGUUCUCCAACAGUGUGCUGAAGCUGCACGAAGGUGGAGCUGAAGGAGGAGCCAUGCGCAACCAGUCGGAGAGCUUUAGGCUGCAGGCAGGUGGAGGAGGCUUUCUGGAGGGACUUUUUGGUUGCCUGAAGCCGGUGUGGACCAUGAUUGGCAAAGCAUACUCUACUGAAAACAAGCAGAGCCAGGAAGAGUCCUGGGAGGUGCCCUUUGAGGAGAUCUCAGAGCUCCAGUGGGUGGGCAGUGGGGCUCAAGGAGCAGUGUUCCUGGGCAAGUUCCAUGGUGAAGAAGUGGCCGUGAAGAAAGUAAGAGACAUCAAGGAAACCGAGAUCAAACACCUCCGUAAGCUCAAGCACCCCAACAUCAUCACGUUCAAGGGUGUGUGCACACAAGCUCCAUGUUACUGCAUUAUCAUGGAGUACUGUGCACAGGGGCAGCUGUACGAGGUUUUGAGAGCAGGGAGAAAGAUCACACCAUCACUGCUCGUUGACUGGGCCAUGGGUAUCGCAGGCGGCAUGAACUACCUCCACCUGCACAAGAUCAUUCACAGAGACCUCAAAUCACCCAAUAUGCUGAUUACACAUGAUGACCUGGUGAAGAUCUCAGAUUUUGGCACAUCGAAGGAGUUGCGAGAUAAGAGCACAAAAAUGUCCUUUGCCGGCACCGUGGCUUGGAUGGCACCGGAAGUCAUAAGAAAUGAACCGGUCUCAGAGAAAGUGGAUAUAUGGUCGUUUGGGGUGGUUCUCUGGGAGAUGCUCACAGGUGAAAUCCCCUACAAAGACGUGGACUCUUCAGCUAUUAUCUGGGGCGUGGGCAACAACAGCCUCCAACUGCCUCUGCCCGAAAGCUGCCCUGAUGGCUUUAAGAUCCUCUUAAAACAAUGCUGGAACUGCAAGCCCAGAAAUAGGCCAUCAUUCCGACAGAUUCUGCUGCACCUGGAUAUUGCCUCGGCCGACGUGCUAUCCACCCCACAGGAGACCUACUUCAAAUCACAGGCUGAAUGGCGUGAGGAGGUAAAGCAGCAUUUUGAGAAGAUCAAGUCUGAGGGAACAUGUCUGCACCGACUGGACGAGGAGCUCAUUAACCGUCGCCGUGAAGAGCUCAGGCAUGCCCUUGACAUCAGAGAGCAUUAUGAGAGGAAGCUGGAAAGAGCCAACAACCUUUACAUGGAACUGAGUGCUGUCAUGCUACAGCUAGAGCUGAAAGAAAAAGAACUGCUUAGAAGGGAGCAGUGUCUGGAUAAGAAAUAUCCUGGGCUGUUCAAACACCAUCCUUCAAACACAGUGGACAAACUCAUUAAGAAGAGGAAUGUACCCCAAAAGCUUCCUUCUCAUGGCAAGAGACCUGACCUCCUAAGAUCAGAGGUCAUCCUCCCUAAAAUGGACCCUGGUGUGGUGCAAGUGACGGUUCCUUCUUGUGCCAACCGGACCUCCACUUCCCCAAGUCGUGCCCGGAGGGUUAAAACGCGGCAUCGCAGGGGGGGCCGAGGCAGCAGUGGUGAUCUCUCGGGGCCCAAGCACGCCGCUGGAACCUCCACCAGAGAGAGAGAGACGCCCGCACUGGGCACCGCGGCACCCAGUGGCACUCCAGCAACCGAUCAGACAGUGGGUACUGCUCCAAGAGGAAGCCAGCUGGAAGCCCCUCCACUAAAACUGUCCUCCUCCAGCCCGGACCUGCUUUGCUCCACCCACGGAGCUGAGGGCGGAGCCAGUGGUGGGGCUGGCAGUCUGAGCGUGUGUGAAGGGCUUGUUAGCGGAGUCCGGGGCGUGGCUGAAGCUGCUGUGGGAUUGGAUGAAACUCCGCCACGAAGCGACACAGCAAGCGAGGACGCUGCGUCACUCCCAUUCUCCAGCAGUCCUGACUCACCCUGCUGCGCAAGAGGUGUGGCUGUGGGACGGGGACACACUCUGGGGGAGGAAAGGGAGGAAGGAGCCGGGGCAGUGCGAUUGCCGAGGGGAGCCAGUGGCAGUCAUUUGACUCCAUCAGCCAUACUUUACAGAGCAGCUAUCACACGCAAGCAGCGCCGUGGCGUAUCUUCAGAGGAAGAGGAGGGAGAAGUAGAUAGUGAAGUGGAACUGCCAAGGAGACGACGGCCAACCAGUAUAUCCAAGUGCCAGUCCGUGUCCACCUUCAGCUCAGAGAACUUGUCUGUCUCUGAUGGAGAGGAAGGCCAUACCACUGACCACUCUCACAGCGGCACACCAGAUGUGGUCAGCACCAAUACCGAUGAGCGGCUGGACGAUCGAAGUGAUGACCUCAUCUCACAAGGCUCUGAGAUCCCAGCUGACAUCACAGACCCUGCGAUCUCGGAGAGGGAGGCGGCUGCUCUGGAACAGGAGAGAGCAAAUUUUGAUCUGGAGCAAAACAUUUUGGAGACCCGGGCGUUGUGUGAAGAUUCGGAUUGCGACAGUGCCGAGCUAGACCAAUCGGGGAGUGGAGAACCAAGUCGCCCCCCGAGUGCCGGAGGCUGGGGUCAGGGUCCUCAGAACUAACAAACAUGUGCAUACAAAAACACCCAGCCCUGUGCAUUUGUAUAUAUAUGUAUAUAUGUUCACCACAACACCUACCAGCACACUUCCUUAUUUGUAGUAUCACCGCAACACCUGAUACACCAGACAUACACUUUUACACUAACACCAUGAAAUUGCCUAUCUUUGGGCCUGUAACAAACUGGUGAUGCAGAAUCAAUUGAUUAAUGAAAAAAAGCAAAUAUUAGCCACUUUAAGAACAUACUUUCACAAGCUGGUCAUGAUGUCACUGAGAUUCCAAAGACCAGGGCCCCAUUCUUUGUACAUUUUUUGGCUCUCAUAUCAAUAUAAUUUGAAUCAUUUGAAAUAAUUCCAUGAAAAAUUUGAAUUUAGUUACUCAAAGCAAGUUCAAGGUUACAGGUGUUCCUAUCUUUUCCUAAUCAGCUCCAACACAUACUCAUAAAGCUUGAAAUAAAUUACAGUCGUACCUGUAGUUGUACUUACAUAUACCUAUUAUACUUGAACUCAUUUACGUCUUCAACAAAAAAUAGGGCUACACACUUUUCCAUAGAUAAUGAUUAUGAAAGGUGCUGAUUCUUAUUAUCUGGAGGCUUUAUAAUAACACAUACUGUCACCCUCAUAUCUACAUCCACUAUACAUGUCUGUUCCUGUCUAAGAUCAUUACGGCUUCAUUUCAACCACCAAGACUCAAUAGCGAUCUAAAUGUUCAUUAGAACUGUUAUCCUGCAGGAUUGGUCUAGGAAUUGAAGAGAAAUUUGAUGUCUUCUAUAAGAUAUAAGAUCUAUCUUCUUUGAUGUCUACAAUAAGUAAUAGCAGAGUUGUAGAGCAACACUUUUGUUAGCUAGAAAUAUCAAUGCUCAUUAUCAGGAGUGUCAUUUUAGCCCGCUCACCCAAACACACAUAUAAACACAAUCCUAUUUAGCGUCUGUUUCCAAAUCUUCAAAAUGUAUCCCUCACUGUCUCUAGAUUUACAGACUUUGGGCCUCAUUUAUCAACCAUUUACUAAAGUUGUAUGUAAAUGUUUUCAUAGGCCAAACAAAAGUUUUGGUAAUGCUGAUUUUCUUUUUCUGUUCAUGUGUGCAUGUUGAUAAAUGCCAUUCACUCAUAAAUUACCAGGCUCGUUGCCAGCACGGUUGAUUUAUAUUUAGAGAAAUUAUUUACAUUUACAAAACUCCAUGAAAGGCAAAGUUCAGAGAGGUGAAUGACAAAAUGAUGACCAAAUAUAGAAAUCACACCUCUUUCCAGUAAUGCAGCUCAGCCAAUGCAGCGCAUUGCCUUCCACAGGCACAGACUCACUUACAGUCUUCCUCUUAUCAUAGGGUGCCAUUACUUUGCCCUAAUUGAUUGGCUUAUCUUAUUUUUCUUAAUUUAUGGAUUUGAUUUUUCAUUAGUCACAAAAUGAGUUUCACAAAAAAAUUGUCAUUGAAAUAAAUUGUCCAUUUAAACUACACAGCAUAAUAAUAAAAAAACAUGCCUGUUAUAUGAUUUGAAUAUGAAGAUAUAUGAAGUCUUUCAGUUGUUAGUCUCCUUACCCAUAAAUUUACACAAACUCAGGCGUUUUUCCAAACUAACUGGGCUUUCAUUGAUACCACUUUACUAGUGUAAAUGCACUUUUGAACAAACUUUUGUUUGCAUGUUCUCCCUGUGCUUUGGGGGUUUCCUCUGGGUACUCUGGUUUCCUCCCCCAGUCCAAAGACAUGUGUUGUAGGCAUUGGCAUUUCAAAAUUGUAGUGAGUGAAUGGGUGUAUGAUUGGUGUGUGUGUGUGUGUGUGCAGUUGUGCCCUGCAAUGGGCCGGCCCCCUGUCCAGGGUGUCCCCUGUCUUGUGCCCUGAGUCCCCCUGGGAUAGGCUCCAGACUUCCCCAUGACCCUGUGUAGGAUAAGCGGUACAAAUGUUUGCAUCCAGCUUGAUAAAUGAGGCCCAUUGUUUGCUUAAAUGAAAACUGCCAUCAGAGUGCUGGACUACUGCACUUCUCUCUUUAAUGAGUGGAUCACCAGGAGGUACUCAGUUGUAGUUAUUCCUGACAGAAGUAAUGUUUAUUUAGCUUGCUAGUCACUAAUACACAAAUUAUUGCGCUACCUCAAGGAUGAUAGUAGGAUCACCCCACAAAUGAACUGUGUUCGUAUGAGCACUCCAUUUUAACACUAUAUUCACUGUUCUUACAUCUCGGCUUUGUUCAUGUCACCUUUGCCAGUUAAUUAAGAAUUUUCCAAUCAGAAUGUCAGAAUAUUCAAGAAAGCAAACAUACCAGUUUCUGGUAAAUUUGGUGCUUCAUCUCCCAUUUUAUCACGGCAAUACAUAUAAAGUCUUACUUGUAGAACACACUAACAUGGCUAGCUAUUUUGUCGACUUGCUUUUUGAAUCUCACGGCUCGUGUUUUAACACAGAAGUAAAGGUGUAAUAAAGUUAAAAUGUAGGUACGGAAGAGACGCACGGGCCAUCGGUACAAAUUCAGAGCUCCCACUUUUUCCAUGCGUCGAGUAUGUCUUGCUUUGUCAUUUCUGCAAUAUUUAUGUAGUAUUUAUGGUUUACAGAUGGCCCUCGUUUCCAAAGACACAUUGUCUAAUUUUCUCUAGAAUCCCUUUGUUAGAUGUUUUGGCAUCUAUAGUUAUUUAAUAGAUAAGGGAAUUAAGGGAUAUGUGUGUGAAAGUGUCAUGUUAAGUCAUAUUUUGCUUAGGGCCCCACAAAUGCUAGGAUUGGGACAAAGCAAAGAACACUUUAGGGUGCUAGAGUUAGGGAAUCUUUUUUUUUUUCUCCCAAAAAUAUACUCUUAAACGCAUCACCAGGUAAUGUGAGUUUCAAUCUUUCCAUAUUCUUAUAGCACCAAAGCUCGUGCUUUUGUUAUUUCUAAAGCGGCAUUCUAUCCUGCCAGUUUUCUGACUGACGCUAACUGAGUGAGAAAGCAUGAGAGAUUUUCACAAUUUCAAAAUUUCGCCCUUGACUUGUCUUUGUGAACUCACAUAAACUUUGAUGUCACAAAUUUCUUAUGUGAUAUAUGCUUAUGAAAAAAAAAAAGAAAAGCAUGGCUUGUAUGAACAAUCUAUAAAGAAUGGGGCCCAGGAAAAUGCCACGGAAAAUAUACAAAUAUUUAAAACACCUAUUGUUUUUUUUAUGAAAUUAAAAUAAAAAUAGAAAAUUUGGCAGAUGAGGAUUUGAUUUAUUAAUAACAAGAAGGUAUUGAUAUCUGCCCAACUAACUAAUGAUAGCUGGAAAACAUGGCAAAUCUAAUACAAGAAUGCAAGCAUGAUGACUUUCACCAAACUGAAUCAACAUUUCACUUAAGUGUCAUUUUAGAAUCUUUAAGAUGCAACUUAGGAGCAACAUUGAAUUAACAUUCAGAUAUUUUUCAUCUUCGUAUUGCCUCCUGAUCUUAAGAUUUUUUUUUUCCUUUAAUAGGGACAUGCAAUAUGUACAUUACAGAUAUUCGGAAGAUGACACUUUUAUUUUCUGUACUUCCUGUAAAAAAACAUGGCGUAAAACAAAACAAAAAAAAUUUUUUGGAUGUAUGAGGAUUUUAACUUCAUAGUUUUGAGAGGUAUAACGAACAAAAUGCAUGAAGUCUGUUUGUAAGCGAUUUAAUUUUGAAUUCAUUGUUUUUAUAAAUUUAAUAGAAAAAUACUUUUUUUUUUUUUUUUUUUUUACCUUGAAUGUGUGUAAUAGCCUUGUGUUGCUUGUAGGCACUUUAUAUAAUAGAAUGUUAAUGUCCACUAACUUAUCACCUUCUCAUGACACUAAAAUUAAUGUUUAGUGACAGAUGGGUUUAGGUCAGGAGCAAAGGAUGUAGGUCAAAAAAUGCAGAAUGUGUGUAGCUUUGUAGAAUAUCCUUUGAAUAUGUUUAGAGUCAGCACAACAUAUGGGGACUGUCAUGAGUUUUUCCUAGAGAAAUAAUUCCACUUCCUGGAGUCAUACCUUCCUACAAAGUUCUUCUCCAAGCUUACUAACACACCUGACUCAGUUAAUCAGGGUCCUCUGAAGAUGUCGUGAGAGCAGGGGAUUAGGUUUUGGGUUAAACUGUGUAGGAAGGUAGCGUUUUGGGAGUUGGAUUAUUAACCACUAACUGUUCAAAAACCACCAUGCACAGUGUGUUCCAUAAAAUGUGACUCCCAGGUCCAAUCGAGAAAAUGUAAACAAAAUAAAGAACAGUUGUGAUUUGAUGAUGCCUGUUAUCCUGGGUCAAAUCAGUCCAAAUCCAUUUUCGCCUCAUAUUUUAAAAUGAGAAAUUUCUCCUCGUAGUAAGUUUUUCAAACAAAUGUUAGGUAGAUCUCACUUUUCCAAAUUGGAGCUAUGAUCAAAACAAACAAAAAAGGCAUGCUAGUCGUUGUCUUGUUUAUUUAUUUAUUUAUUUAUUUAUUUAUCAGUCACAUGGGCCUUCCUUUAAAAAAAAUCUUAUUUUUCACAGAUUCCUGAGAUUCUGUGGAGGUAUCUACCUGCUCUGACAAGUACUUGAUUUGAUCCUGGAUAACCGUCAUUUGUUUAAAAAAAAGGAAGAAAAUCACAGUAUAGAUAAUAACUAGACAUCAGGCGAAACUUUUUAUCUACUUCAGGUGGUACGGGUGCUGAACUUAGGUUUGAAGAGAAUCUUUUUUCUCAAGCUUGUUUUAACUCAGUAAUCAUGUUGACCAAUGUACAUAUAUAGCGAAAAUAUUUAAGUGACAUUAUUGAUGUAAAUGCAGAUAUAUUAAUAAAUCACUAUGGGACAGUUUUCUGGGCACUGGUUAAACGUAGUCUUAAGAUUUGUGAUUAUGGUCUUAAGGUUUCAUGGCAAGGCGUAAUCUCUGCCCAAAAAACCCCACCAUUGUAUAAUGUAAAAUUAUGUAAUAGUUGGCAUUAUGGGAUCCGUUUAUGUUACUUUCCAGUAUCAUUCUGCAAUUUUGUACAUCUGAACUUGAACACUGGCCAAGGGUGAAAGCUCAUACUGAUUACUCAGCACUUACUAAUUGUACUCAGCACUGUACUGUGGAAACCCGAGGUAGACAUAUGGUGCUUGGAAAAAAAAAAUAAACAUUUUGCUUGAGUUCUGGAUAACAAAUAGCUAAGCCUUUGUUUCUAUGAGUGCAAUCCUCUAUAGACAAUUUCAUAGCUAUAUGAUGUUUUUAUUGCUAAUAAUUAAAAUGGAGAAAAAAAGUUGGCUAAAGAUUUUUCAUGUAAAUGACAUGAUUCUAAAUGAAAUAGAAAUAUAAAUUCUAUAUUCCAGAAUUAUUACAUUCCACAUUAUUCCAGAUUAGUAUGUGGAAUUUUUAAAAUGAGACCAAAAUUUGUAAAAGGAAUGUACACUGUCUACUAUUCUAUAGAAAGUCACUGUAUGUGCUUUCACCUAUGGCCUUGGCUUCUCUAAAGAGACAAUCUGAAGACCACACUUUCUUCCUUUUUUUUUUUUUUGUUUCAUCUCAUUGAAUAAAGAUGCAAAAGAGCCAAAAUCAAGAACAAACCCCUAAACCCUUGUUUAAGGUUCCUGUCUGUAAAUAUGGCACAAUAUGCAAUAUGUAGAUGUUUUGACAUACAAUUAUUCCAAAUCUGCAAAAGAGGUUUUAAAUAGAGAGUUGGAAGAAUAAACUGAAGAGUCAGUAAAUAGGGCACUGCUUUAUGAAAAAAGUAGACUGAGGCUACCUACCUCCCCUUUUUGCUCUUUAUAUGGCAGGAUGUAAUGCUCAAAUGAGAUGCACUUUCUUUUCUCUACCUGAUCUAUCAGUUUUACUUGUUAAAACACACUGUAACCAUGCAGUCAUAUGUGGAAACAACUGACUCAAUAUAUGAAUGUGCAAAAUUCAA